UCUUAUGGAACUAUCGAUAGAAAACUAUCGACGCUAUUCCAUGACUAGUCACGCACACAUAGACAUCUCUCGCAGAGGAUUCAACGCGCGUCCACAGCGCUCGUUCGGAAAGCGACGCGUUGGAAAAAUAAAAGUUUGAAAGUCUCCUCAGUCCUAGCAGCGAGCGCAGCUGUGUAGUCGCGUCGAACGAUACGCACGAUAAUCGAAUAAGUGCCUGAAACGAAGAAAGGAGUGCCUUGUGUUGGUGUUACCAGUGUUUUUGGUAGUUUUUGACGCGGUUUUAGUAGUUUAUUACUACUGUUAGUGUACUGUAUAGUGUUUUAUAUUUCUAAGUGAUUUAGAAGACCGGCACUAUGGAAAUCAGGAGAUCUAUGUUUUGUUUGGCGCUGGUGCUGUUAGCUGUCCUCCAAUGUUCAGAAUCCCACUCAAUGCGCCGUCGGCAAGCGGUGGAUGACGUCAACUACGAUGACCCACUCCUCGGAGACGAAGCGACGGAUGACGAGACCCUGAACGAUACUGACAAUGCAGAAGUUCAACCUGAAAAGGCUCCAGCGGUGAUAGAGACAAAGCCGACUCACUACGAAGUGGAAGCCGACGGCGAAAUACGUUUGGAGUGCAAAGUGUCGCCUGAAAACACGGUGGUCCAAUGGUACAAAGGAAACCAGCUGUAUUUCAUAGGAAACAUUAACUUGCAUCCCGAGGAAGUCAGAUAUUCCAUUGCUGAAGACUCCAAAGACCUGCUCAUCAAGAACGCUAAGCUUUCAGACAGUGAUGUCUUCAAGUGCGAGACAGUUCAGAAGUCACUCCUGGCCAUCAACCACACGUUGCUGGUCACCCAGAAACCAGAGAUCAUCAAUAUGUCGGCGUCCCACGGUGGUAAUUUGGCUGUUGGAGCAGACCUUAAGCUGACCUGCCUGGUGACUGCCUCCCCCGUACCCACUGUGAUUUGGUCUGUCACCAGGAGGGACAACAACCAGAACGACCGCCUGACAGAAAAGGACGGCGAAUUCUCAGUCGAAGGCAACGUUUACUCCAUGUACAUCAAGAACGUCAGGAAGUCUGAUGCCGGCCAGUAUUACUGCUACGCUCUGAACAAACUCGGAAGCCAUCAGGCUGAAAUUACAGUUGUCGUUAAUGGAAAACCUCAAGUCCACGUACCCAGGACAAUCGUGAACUCUGGACUUAAUACUGAAGCUAUUCUGCAGUGCUCUGCCCACGAGGAAGCCAGGCCACACAUCCGCUGGUACAAGGACGGUAGCCUCAUUGAGAACUCCUCAUCCAAGUUCAUGAUCAGCACCAGAGGAUCCCACUCCAACCUGACUGUGUUCCCCAGCGCUGAUGAAGACUUUGGUACUUACACUUGUGAGGCCGCCAACUCCUUCGGCAGACACAACAAGUCGAUCGAUUUAGUUCAGAGCCCGGUAGUGGAGGACUUGGAAGUCGAUGGGUCUGCCAUGACCUGGGUCGUCCACUCGCAUCAGCCUCUUGAAGCUAUGGAAGUACAACUGAGGCCUUUGAGCGAUGAUGGUGAAUGGACGUCCCUGGAUGUCCCACUUCCUCCAUCCAACGGUCACAAAUACGAGGUGUCUUACCAUCUUGAAGACAAGCAGUUGGACAGUGGAGAAUAUCACGCCGUCGUUAAAGUCAAGAACUCAAAGAGUUGGGGAGGUUCCGAUGAGCCCGCUGUUGUCAAAAUCGAAGCACAAGCACAGUACAUCCAGCACGCAUCAGUGUUCCGUGAGAACAACGCCGCGCAUUCCAUUCGGCCAGUAUACACCGCCAUCACCACAGUACUCAUGUACCUCCUUGUCCGAAUGGUUUAAAUUAACUAGAAUAACUUAUUUAUUGUUAAUAUCACAAGUAUUCAAUGUUAAUCUGAGACAAAACGAUAUAGCAACAAUGUUAAAAUUUAAACUCUAAAACAACGCUUCGAAAUUUUUGCCUUUGAUUAAAAAUAAUAAAAAAAAUCUUUUCCGAUUUUUUAAUUUUGGAAUUGGACUUUUUCUACUUUUUUUUUUGUUAGUUUUGUCUCCGUUCCAUGAUUUUUCAUAUAUAUUAUUGUACAGAAUAAAUCUUAAGAAAUUUAAUUUUUAUGUUAGUAUAAGUUAACAUUUUUCGAAACUUAUGCAAAGCGAAGAUACUUAAAUUUUUGAUAAUUAUUGGCAUCUAUUAAGUAGCUUUUUCAGUUGAAAAGACUUGAAUAUUUUCUUUAUAAAAAUCUUCGAAUAUGUAAGUUUUACGUUCCAAAUUGCCAAAUGCAGCAUUUUUACUAUUUACCGCUUUUUAUAGAAGAAUACUAUUAUUAUUAUUGACAGCUCCUCAAAUCAGUUUUAAAUGUAAAUAUUUUUAAAUUAAAUUCAUUUAAUUAUAACUUACCGAUGAAUUUAGUUAAGUUACUUUAUUUUAACUUUCUUAACUUUUAUUCCCAAAAAUGGAAAAGAAAUCUGCACUAAUCAAGAAUGAAUUAUUUUACCUUUUAAUCUGCUAUUCUUUUACUUUAUUUCGUAUUUUUUUCGUCAAAUUAAUAUAGUUUUUUAAUAGGUAAAUAUUACCAAAGUGUAAUUAAGAUCACAUUAGUUAUAUAUUAGCUUACGUUAUAUAUUACAAUUAAUUAAAUGCUUAUUAAUUAUUAAACGAAAUAUUUAAACUGUAGAAUGUAAAAACAAAUCGCUUUGAAUAAUAAAGACGGUCACACUUAGAUAUUUUCUAUUUGGUAUAGCUAACGCUUUUUAUGUUAAUGACUAUAAAGUACAAAAAUAAUAAAUUAAAUAUUUGUUCAUAUAUAAACUGUAUUAGAUUAAAAUAUUUACAAAAAAAACUUUUCUUUUGAUUGACAACUUUAUGUCGAAACCGCAUUUGACUACAUAAAACUAUAUAAAAAUUGAUCUUUUUCAGACUUGACUUUAGUUAUAAUAACAAUAAAUAAAUAACUAAUACAUACAAGUCAUGUUAGCUGCCAUAAUGCCUUUGAACGCUAAGAGCAAUAAAGUCAAAUGAAAAUUCGACAAAAAUUGCUUAAUUUGACUUUUUUAACUUCAAAGACUCUUCCAACUUCAGAGACUUAAUUGUAAGCAAAUGUAUUUUCCAUUAUAUGCCUUAAAAUCGCGUUCAAAGUGUACUUGAAAAUAAUAAUAAGACUAAUAUUACCAGUUAUUAAUAAUAAUAUAGUUGAUAUAACAAUGUGCCUGUAAUUUAUUAUAAACAAUAGUUCCAUACGAGGUGCUUAGUUCUUUACAAAUAGAAUAUCGUAAACUUCCAUUUUAACUUCUAACAAGCUUAAAAUAUAUAAAAUAUUACUUACUAGUCCUACCAGGUAUUACAGAUUUUUAAAUAUACCAGUAGUAAUAUUUUUAAAAUAAUUUACGGAGGUCCAAAAAUAUCAGCGACAUUUUAGCAGUUAAAUUUAGUUUGAAUUGCAACUAAAUUAAUCAGAAUAAUAAGUGUAGUUUGUAAAUGAACUAUUUUCAUUUAAGACAAUUGUACCAGUGAAUGUUUAAGUUAAAAAUCACAUAGUAAUUGAAUGAUUAACGAAAUAUGUUUAAGAUUUGGUACUGAUGUUCGAUAAACAUUAAACUGCUUAUUCUAAUUUUAUUAUUUUUUAUACUUUGAAAUAUCAAAUUACAAUUCUUGAAUAAAUUUUAUGUAUUUUUUUAAAAAAGGUGGCAGCAAUUUCGAUUUCUCAAGUUUGACUUUUGACUUUCUUACUUUCAAUUGACUUUAUUAUUUAAAAAUCGAGCAUCAGUGUCAUUAUGUUGUAACAUAUGUGAUUGACAAGUACAUGUCUUGAUAAAAUAAUCGGUAAAAAUACAUUAUUAUCGAUAUGUUACGAUAUAUUGUAAAAUAUGUUUACAUGUUUGUGCCUUCUAUACAAUUAAGAGGGUGAUAUAUUUUUUCUUUAACGAAUAAACAAUUAAUGUUUGUAAAUAUAAUUAA